GGCCUCAACGCAUUCAAAAUGAUGGCGGAGCAAGACCAUGUGUACUGGCAUGGGCUGGCUAUUGGCAAGAUUGGGGCAGACUGCACUGAUCUGGGGAAGGUUGGAGUCGUUACCGGCCACUUUAUGUUUUGGUCUGAAGAGAAAGACACUGGAAGUCCCGUAUACACUAAGAAAGACAUGCAAAGCUUUUCACACAUACUGCAUCUGGACUUUCCAGCCAAGGUUGUCGCGCAACAGCGUCAGCUUGAUACAAAGAGAAUUCGCCCAUCUUUUUCAGUCAAUCACCUGCAUAGAUAG